GGUUGUUCCUUUCUAGGCCAUGUCGUCACCACCCAAUACAAUACAUUGAUAUGUUUCUCCUCAGGAAAGAGUUGACAUAUAAGUAUCUUGAGCAUUAUCCCUAAAUUUUUGACAGAUGUUAGAGGUUGCCCCAGCCACUACAACACAGUCACCUUGUGUGUUCAUACGCCUGUCUCUGCUGUACAUACAACCAAGGAACAACUCGAAUUUCAAGAACGACUGGCAUCAUGGUGAAGUUGAUCUCAAUCAAGCUACCGUUGGCUUUCGUAGCCCUCGCGGCGGCGCGAGUGUGCCAAGAUCUCACAGUUGAGGUAUUCAUUACAGCGAGGAACGGCGUCUUCAACAUCUCGACCCCUGAAAACAAUAUCGACGUCACAAACUUCCUAGUCAGAUCUGCAGAACAAGGAAGGAAUUUAUCGGCAGAGCAUCUAGUCGGCUACGCCAACGUCGGAGGUACUUACCAGCUCGCGUCAACAUACUGCCAUCCAAACUCUGGCCCCGGCCACGUGCUCCAGAUCCUCACCCACGGUAUUGGCUUUGACCGCAGCUACUGGGACUUCCCCGCCAACAGCUAUAACUACAGUUACGUGGGCUCAGCCGUGGACGACUACGGCUACUCGACCUUCUCCUGGGACCGUCUCGGCAUCGCCGAGUCCUCGCACGGCGAGCCCAUCAACGAAAUUCAGGGCUUUCUCGAGCUGGCCGCCCUCAAGGCGCUGACGGACAAGCUGCGCGCUGGAGCCGUGCCAGGGCUGAGCUGCACGUUCGAUAAGAUCGUCCAUAUUGGGCACUCAUUUGGGUCCGUUCACUCGUACGCGCUUACGGCCAUGUACCCGGACAUCUCGGACGGUGUUGUCCUUACAGGCUUUGCGGCAAACACGACCUUCUUUAACAACUUCCUGCUAGGCGGGGCCUUCAUCCAGGCCGGCGACUACGCCCCUGGGUACCUGGUGUCCGCUUACGAGGGUGCUGCACACAUUAACUUCUUUGCUCCGGGCAACUUUGACCCUGAAAUCCUGACGGCGGCGUACAAGAGUGGCCAGCCGGUUACGUUCGGCGAGCUGCUGACCAUCGGGGGAGAAGCUGGAUCGCCCAGCACGUUCGCGAAGCCCGUUCUUGUCAUCACUGGUGAGAAGGACCUUCCCUUUUGCGGAGGCAACUGCCUUGCAACUGGCAACCCCCAGCUGCCGUCGAUCCCGGCGGCCGUUGGUGCGGUCCUCAAGAACGCGACUCCGUUUGAGGCUUACGUCGUCCCUGGCGUUGGCCACGGCCUGGCGCUCAGCUACUCUCAUGUCGAGGUGACCAGCAAGAUCCAGGACUUCCUCGCCCAGAACGGCCUGGGCAACUAGUAUUGACCCCUGAACAUAUCGUCUCGUGCAUAAUAUCUCACCAAAGCCCCUUCACCAUCAGUUAAUUUCGGGGAGGGAGAGAAAGCUGGGUUAUUUACAUAAACCAGAACUAUCCCGAUAAUGAGGGCAGCUCGCUAGUAAUCAACGACGCAUUUGUAACGUUCCCGUCCAGCCUCGUAGGGUUGAUUGCAUAUGCGAUGAAUGGUGUGUUGAACGCAACACUGUGGGAAUCACGCUUUCCAUCUCCACGUGAAUGCGUCACUGGCCGUUAGAAGAAUGACGUUGGCCUAGGUAGCUCGCAUUUGGCUCGACGAAUCGAC